AUGGAAUUUCUAGUUACGCAUCAAUUGUUAGAUGCUUUCGACUCACGCUCAUCACAUGGGACUUCUGCUUUGAUAACGAUCGGCAAUGGUGUUACGUAUUGUAUCACUCAAAAACGGCUAGAUGAAUUGCUAAAAGACGUCGAGCAACUCAAUAUCUACGAAAACGACCUUGGUCCCCUUCUCUUCGAGACUACAGAGGUAGUAUACGUGAUUUCUGCUGACAUAACGCAGCUCACCAGCGAUUAUGAUGUUCUUAUAGUACCUGGUGGAAUCGCAGCACUCUAUCAGAAGCUUUUGGAGCUUUGUGCUGGUGCAUAUCUUGCUUCAACGAAUAAUGUCACUGACACAAAGAAUAUCGGUACUGGUCUACUUCCAGUUCGAUACUCUCUUUAUGAACGUAGUGCGAACAUUCCAACAAAUAUAGCACUGAAUGAUGCUAAAAGAAAUGUAAUUUAUACGACAACCUAUCAUAAUGGCGCUGUCUACAAGUUUGAUCAGCUGUCAACUAACGUGACAACAUUAUCAACAAUUACUGAUGCUUUUGAUUUACCUCACUUUAUCUGGCUUUUUAUGACGUGGUUUUAUUUUACAAAAAUCAAGCAAAAUGAAAUAAAAUAUCUAUACGUAUCUGAACUACGUAUAGUAUAUAAUUUUUCGGGGUGGGAAUACUAUACUGUUCUCGUACUUACAAGAGAAAAACCCCUAAUGGAUUAUCUAUAUAAAUAUUGGGUGAAAAUGAUAAAACAUCUACGCCCAACUUCUGAGGCCCUUGAUUACCAACAAUCGUGGGAAGCAUAUGUUAUUGCGACAUCUACAAAUCGAAUAUACUAUAAAUCUAUGGGAUUUAGAAAAAACAGUAUUUUUCCUAAUCGUUUGGUAGCAAUUACUUUCUUCUGUAUACAUGAAAAACAAUAUGAAUUUUUAAAAGAUCCUCCUCAGUGUUAG